GAAGUUUAUAAACUUCCUCAAAAACCUCAGCUAUUCAUCUAUAUCAGUGAGGAGUAUCAACUAAAUUGUUUAGCUGAAUUCUGGUGUAUCAAAUAUAGUUGUGAUAUUAAGAAUAAAUUUAUUCUUAUCCUUGUGGUGGUCGGUCCGAGUGAAUGUGGGAAGUCUUACGUCUGUAAUUUUCUCUCCGAUGCUAUCGAACAAGUCACUGUUGACUACAAACCAACUAAAGUUUAUCAACGUUUCUUGUUGCGCACUAUAAUCGAAUAUGAGCAAAGCGUUAAUUGCAAAGGGAAGAAUCUAAAAGUAGAGUUGGAACUGUGGGAUGUAAGCGGAAGCAAUAGCUAUGAAAAUUGCUGGCCUGCUCUUUUCAAAAAUGUUAAUGGUGCUGUUUUUGUCUACAAUCCUAAUCAACCUGAUCACGGAAAGAUUUUGGAGGAUAAGUCGUUUCCCCAGCUUUCCAAAUUUAUUACAGAUUUUGACCUGCGUUGCAUAAUGUUUUACACAUGCACACCAGCACCAGAGGGCUUUUGCUUACGUAGGUCUCUCAUCGGCCCAGUGGGCGGGCUGUAUAUGCUGCCUCUUUUUCAGCAUUGUCUAAAAUCAAGGGUGAAAACUUCUAUAAUCCCUCAGAAGUUUGCAGAACUACCACCCGUGUUGCAACCCGGAAACAUUGGCCGGUCUGUUGAUGAUGUUAGGCCAGAACUAAGGGUGUCAUAA